UUAUUUUGUAACGAAAAAAUUUCUCUACAACGACACUUAAUAUGAAACGGAGGGAGUACAAAAUACGAAUGCCAAUUAAUUCAGUCUCCCCAAAUUUUGAUAUACCAUUUCUAAGACUAAAAAUAUUUACUUUUCAAUGUUUGAAUUCAUAUUACUUCUAUGUUUAAUAAGGUAGUAUUAAUUUAGUUGUAGUCAAUAAUCAAUAGGAUAUUAAUAUAAGGACGAUAGUGAAGUAACUCCAAAACAAAUAAAGAGCAUUCAGUACUCUCUCUCUCUCAUAAAAACACAGCCAAUGACCUUCUCGUGGUCUUCUGUGCCAUAAAAAUCAUUAUAUACAUUCAAACACCAAUCUGGCGCCACACACACAUACUCUCUUCCUCUCUCUCCUUGUAUGAGUGGUGAGAUGGUUAUCCCUAUAAGGUGCAGCAUCGAACCAUCUGCAACAUUUUGACUCGUUUUCUUUUGUGUGUUUUCCAGCAAGUGUCUCUUCUUCACUCGCUCUUUCCUUUUUCAAUCUCCCCAACGACCCUCUCUUCCAUUCAUAACUCUUUCUCUCUCCGGGAAAAAUGGAUAACUUCUUGCCCUUUUCCUCUUCUAACGCAAACUCUGUCGAAGAACUCUCAAUGGAUCUUAACAACAAUCGCUCACGCUUAUCAACGUUCCCUACUUAUGAUCAUCAUCAUCAGGCGCAGCAUCACUCGUUGCAACCCUACUCAUACGUUGCAUGUCCUGUGGAUCAGACGGCGGCUAUGAAUCCUCAGAUCUCGGUUAUACAAACCGGAAGUGAGUUCGGUUCUCUGGUUUGUAAUCCCGGUUUCAGACAAGCAAGAGGUGGAUUCCUUGAUCCACACACGGCUAAGAUGGCCAGGAUCAACAGAAAGAAAGCGAUGAUAAGAUCAAGAAACAAUUCUAGCCCUAACUCUAGUUCGAAUGAGCUGGUUGGUUCAAGGAGACAAGUGGUUCUUACCAUGAAAAAUAAUGCCGAGAUUGCAGCAAGGAAAGAUCUCUAUCGAUAUUCCUCAUUCGAUAACAAGAAGCUUAGGGUUUUGCUGGUGAAACACUUGAAGAACAGCGAUGUUGGAUCACUUGGGAGGAUCGUUCUACCAAAGAGAGAAGCUGAAGGGAAUCUUCCGGAGCUAUCUACUAAAGAAGGAAUGAUAGUAGAGAUGAGAGAUGCGGACUCUAUGCAGAAUUGGUCUUUCAAAUACAAGUUCUGGUCCAAUAACAAGAGCAGAAUGUAUGUCCUUGAAAACACAGGAGAAUUUGUGGCUGAAAAAAGAGUUGAGAUUGGAGAUUUUUUAACAAUCUACGAGGACGAAAGCAAGAAUCUCUACUUCUCCAUAAGAAAGCACGCAGACAAACCAAAUGAAGGAAGAGAAGAUGAGUCGAUGGAAGCCAACGACAUGAACUUCUACGAAGAUAUUGCGUUUGAUUUCAUACCAAAAGAUGAAGACGAAGAUUCUAUUGCAAUGCUCAUCGGAAAUCUAAAUGAUCACUAUCCCAACCCAAACAAUCUUAUGGACCUCCCAAUCGAUCUUCAUCAGCAUCAUCAAGCCACCUCCUCGUUGCCACCUGUGGAUUACAUGACCAAUCCUCAGUAUAGUGGUUCCUCCAAUGAUCACAUGAGCUUUAACGACUUCGUAUGGUGAUGCGAUUGAAGUUGAUAUAGCUAUAUACAAGUGGUAUAAAAAAUUAAAAAGAAAAGAGUAUCGCUCAUCAUAUUCAUAUCUAUCUAUUGAUAAAGUAUUUUUGUCAAUCUAUUAUUUACGAAAAAUAA